UCUUUCUCAUUUCGAUCAUGACCACUGUUAUCUAGACAUCAAUGGUUUUAGCUGAUGCUAUAGAUGCUUGGUGGAGAACUACAAAUUGUUAUUCUUUCCCGAAAAUUUGUUUUUCGUUUGAAUGCAUCAUAACUAGAACAUAUUCUUGUCUACAUCGAAUGUUCCAUAUGACAUAUUAGCUGCUACAAGUAACAUAAUGCUUUUCUAUUUUCUUCCUUGAGAGUUGGAUGAUUUUGUUUCUCUUUUCCUGAUUGCUGAGUUGCCUCCGGUGAUCUCAUUUCUCAGGAGGAUCUCUGAAAGAUGCAGGCAUUGGGUGAUUUUAAGCUCCCCCAGUUUUUCAAUUAUCCACCGUACUUCACUUUGCAACCAGUAAGAGACACUCGAGACAAGCAGAUUCAGCUCUGGAAGGAACUUAUCCUUGACUACUGUAGAACCCAGAAGAUAUUUGUAAUUGGAUUAGAAGAAGAAUUCCCUCUGUUUGCAAAUCCUGCAAUUGAAAGAUCUCUAAGUCAUGAAGCGAGGGAGGCAUUUCUUUCGGCAUUGGUAUCAGAAGCAGAGUGUCUCAAUGUAUUGGUUUUACUCAAAACAGGUCGUGCCGAAUGGUUAGAUAAAGGACAUAAGAAAUGUCUUCUUCUCUGGCAUCGUAUUCAAGAUUGGGCAGAUAUUAUCUUAAAUUUUGUCAGAGAAAACGGCUUGGAGGAUGGUGUUACAACCAUCGAAGAGAUGAGGUCUGGGAUUGAAUCACGAGGAACAGAGCUUCACGGGAUUGAUCGAACAAUUCUGAUGCGAGCACUGAAGCUGUUGGAGAACAAAGGAAAACUAGCAAUCUUUAAGGGAACUUCGACUGAUGACGAAGGUGUUAAAUUCUCUGUCUAGCAUCUCAGUCUGUAGUUGUAAGUUUGAAGGGAUUUUGUUCUUGGUAGAUUGGUCUUGUUGGUGAUUCAGUACAAAGACCAUUGAUCAUGAAUAAUUUCAUUGAGUUGAUGAUUGUCGGUUUAAAGCUGAAAUCCGCAAGUUCCAGAUC